CCCGAAAACCAGCACGCGUCUCGCGCAGAGGGGAGCCUUGCCGCGCGCCUGCCGGCGACAAACCAAACCGGCUAGAGAUGUUGCUGCACCGGCACCGGCACAGGCUCCUCUGCUGCGGCGGCGGCGUCGCCAUCGCCCCCGGCCGGGGUGCACCCUUCGGCGGCGACGGCAUCACGGAUCAUCGCCAGUCCAAGAACGCGGCCACGUCGGCGAGGCAGCUGUCGUGGGCGCAGGUGGAGGCCAUGACGCGUGGGUUCACGUCGGCGGUUGUUGGUGAGGGCGGCUUCAGCACGGUGUACCUGGCUCGCGUCGCCGGCUCCCUCGCCGCCGUCAAGGUCCACCGCAGCAGCGAGCGGCUCCAGCGCGCCUUCCGCCAGGAGCUCGACGCCCUCCUCCGCGUCCGCCACCCCCACAUCGUCCGCCUCCUCGCCUUCUGCGACCAGCGAGACGAGGGCGUGCUGGUGCUGGAGUUCGCGCCGAACGGGAACCUGCACGACCAGCUCCACGGCGGCGAGAGCGGGAAGGGCGGCGUGAUGCCGUGGGCGCGGCGGGUGGCGGUGGCGCUGCAGGUGGCGCGGGCGCUCGAGUACCUCCACGACCGGUGCGAGCCCCAGGUGGUGCACGGCGACGUCAAGUCGUCCAACGUGCUGCUCGACGCCGCCAUGGGCGCCAGGCUCUGCGACUUCGGCUCGGCGCGCGCGGGGUUCUCGGCGGCCGUCCACUGCCCGCGCCCGCGGCCGUCCGCGCUAGCCGUGCUUGGCUCCCCGGGCUACGUCGACCCGCACUACCUCCGCUCCGGCGUGGUCACCAAGAAGAGCGACGUCUACAGCUACGGCGUGCUGCUUCUCGAGCUCCUCACCGGCACGCAGGCGUUCUGCGACGGCCGUCUCCUCACGGCGGCCGUCGCGCCCAAGCUCAGGGCCGACCCGUUCGACGUGCAGAGGCUCGUCGACCAAAGGCUAGGGUGCCAGUACAACGCCGCCGAGGCGGCGAACGUGGCGGCGCUGGCGGCGGCGUGCGUCGGCGACAACCCUUCCCUCCGGCCGUCGAUGGCCGACGUGGUACGGACCCUGGAGCAGCACGGACAAAAGUUCAGACGGUGACGUGGAAAGCUUGAAGCCGUACGAUGCUUAGAUCUGACGUGGCGAGCAUCAGGGCCGUAGGAUUCCGUGCUGCUCCCGGUCACGGAACCCUCGCCACGAUUGGGUUGGUGAGGGACAAGCAGAAGCAGUAGAGAUGAAGCUUAUCAAAAGAAGCAAGCAAUCAACGAGGGUUGGUUCAGACAAGGACUUUUUGGAGGAUAAAAGGCUUUUAGUUUUGUUCUUAGUCUUUUGGUGAUCGAUCAUUGUUAUUCAUCUUCUAGGUCGUUGGCAACAGUGCAUGCAGCAAGUGUAGGAGGAUUCAAUCCAUAUCCACUGCAUUUUUUUAGAUGUUUUUGCAGGUUUUCUUCCUGCUUCAGCAAACACCAGCACGUAAUAAAACGUGCAGAAAUAUGUAUAUAUCUGUUCAGAGAAUCAGAUGCCUGCUGUAUGUUGUCGCA